AUGGCCAGAAACAAAAACACCCCGCAGGUCAAGCGACAUCAAUGGACUGCUCAGCCUUAUCAAGAGCAUGCAAGCCAGCCUGCAGCCCUGCUAGUCCACAAAAAUACAGCCCGGACCCGGGUACAAUACAAGCCACCUUCGCAAUCCAGGUCUAUACGGCCGUCCCUGUCUUCUCCCACGCAUGAGGACGACGAGCAAUGGGAGGAGGAAGUCUGGCCGGACUGGAAGGAUCUUGUGGUUCGCAAGUGCCGAAAUGUCUACCGCGCCCGUCGAGAACUAGCCUCCCUUCGCAUUCGAAAGAAUGCUGUUAUUCAGCCAUCCUCCGACAAGGGGGCUGUAGUCCUAACGUCGAGAGCUGUCCCUACCCUGGAGCCAGAACUCCGGUAUAUCGUAUACGUGACAUUCGCUCCCAACAGCAAAGAUCCCUUGAUGUUGCCGACGAUGGGGCGCGCUACCGCCGCGAUCCUGGAUCACAUCCCUGCAGGAGAGACAGUAGGCUCUGAAUUUUGUUCGGCGCCCAACCGAUCAUUGAGUGCAGUUCUCUCGUUCUAUCGAGAGUUGAUGAAUUCGCGACCCAUUCGCGACCCGAGGUAG